GGAGAACUUCCUAGCCAUUCCCAGUCCUGGACGCACAGAAAGAAAUCUAACAUUUUAUGAUUGUUCCUAAAUUAUGAAAUUAAGGAAGCCCUUCACCUUCACUAAUAAGUAGGAGUAUUUUAUGAAGAGGAACUCCAGUGAUCAAAAUGGAAACUCUCCUUUGGGCAACAAUUCAACUGCUUUUAUUAUCAUCGUCAGCUAUGAGUCAAAGAGGUGCAGAUUAUGACCUUGAAAUUUCUGGAGAUUCUGUCUUACGUAUCAAGACCUUUCAAGGUGUCCCUCAAAGUUCCUAUGAAGAAAUUCCCCUUUCUGCUAUAGAAGGUUGGACUGGAACUACCCCAACUAAAGAGAAGUGCACUAUGGAAAAAUCAAGUAUUGUUACUCUUCAUGUAAAUAAUAGCACCAUGGGCUAUCUGACAAGCUCCCUAAGCACCAAAUUGAUACCUGCCAUAUAUAUAGUAGUAUUCUUAGUGGGUGUGUCAGCCAAUGCAGCAACCCUGUGGAUGCUUUACUUCCAGACCAAGUCCAUCACUAUGAACAUCUUCUACAUUAACUUGGCUGUAGCAGAUCUCCUCUUUUGUGUCACACUUCCCUUUAAAGUAGCCUAUCAUCUCCAUGGAAAUAACUGGCUCUUUGGAGAAGUGAUGUGUCGUGUGAUCACUGCUGUUUUCUAUGGCAACAUGUACUGUUCUUCUCUCCUCCUCACCUGCAUCAGUGUCAGUCGUUACCUGGCCAUCGUUUACCCUUUCACCUACCGUGGGCUCCCAAAGCGCAUGUACGCCAUGCUUGCUUGUGGCCUGGUUUGGGUCACUCUCUUCUUAUAUAUGGUGCCACUCUUCAUAACAAAGCAAGUGUAUUAUCUGGACCAACUUGGGAUCUAUACCUGUCAUGAUGUACAUAACACCUGUGAGAUGAUGUCACACUUCCACCUCUACUACUUCAUUUCUCUGGCCUUUAUCGGAUUUGUAAUUCCACUUGGUGUCAUUAUAUUCUGCUACACAUCCAUCAUCCGGACACUUAAAGCCUAUGAUCAGAAAUGGUUCUGGUAUUUCAAAGUGAGUCUCCUCAUUCUAGUGAUUUUUGCUAUUUGUUUCGCUCCAAGCAACAUAAUACUUAUUAUUCAUCAUGUAAACUACAACAACAACAAAAACACAGAUGACUUAUACUUUUUCUAUCUUAUAGCAUUGUGCCUGGGCAGCCUUAACAGUUGCCUAGAUCCAUUCCUUUACUUUCUAAUGUCAAAAAUCACAGAUCGGUCCAAUGCCUACCUGACAAUCAUCAAGACCUCUUAGAGAAUAGUAGAGCACGAUGUCUAUAUAUGUGUGUGGUACUGAAAUAUAUAUAUUACUAAGAAGUCCUCUUCUAUAUAUUAAUUUGUGAAGCACAAAAAAGAUAAACAUAGAAAGCUACAGUCUCUGUGUUUCUGCAAUUCUGGCAAAAGUUAGAGUUUUGUUAGAUGCUUUCUGUAUGUACCUGACAUUCAUUAGUGCAAUGAUGCUAUUUAAAGUGAUAUCUAAAUAAAGAAAUCAAAACUAUCAAUAAGCACAUGAAAAAGUGUUCUAAAUCUCUUAUAAUCAGUGAGAUGCAAAUCAAAACAACUCUGAGGUAUCACUUCACACCUAGCAGAUUUGGCUAACAUGACAGCAAAGGAAAGUAAUAAAAAAAGAGAUCAUAAGGAAAAAGACCUGUACAAGAAUAUUUAUAGCUGCACUCUUUGAGGUGGCAAAAAAUUGGAAAAUGAGGGGAUGCCCUCCAAUUGGGGAAUGGCUGAACAAAUUGUGGUAUAUGUUGGUGAUGGAAUACUAUUGUGCUCAAAGGAAUAAUGAACUGGAGGAAUUCCAUGGAGACUGGAACAACCUCCAGGAAUUGAUGCAGAGUGAAAGGAGCAGAACCAGAAGAACAUUGUAAACAGAGACGGAUACACUGUGGUACACAGAGACGGAUACACUAUGGUACAAUCAAAUGUAAUGGAUUUCUCCAUUAGUCGCAAUGCGGUGAUCCUGAACAACUUGGAGGAAUCUAUGAGAAAGAUCACUAUCCACAUUUAGAGGAAAAACUGUGGAAGAAGAAACACAGAAGAAAAACAACUCCUUGAUUACAUGGGUCAAGAGGAUAUGAUUGGGGAUAUAGACUCUAAAUGAACAUCUUAGUGCAAAAAUCAACAACAUGGAAAUAGGUUUUGAUCAAGGACACAAGUAAUAGCCAGUGGAAUUGCGUGUCAGCUACAGAAAGGGUAGGGGGAGAGAAGGGAGGGAAAGAAUAUGAUUCUUGUAAUCAAGGAAUAAUGUUCUAAAUGUACUAAAUAAAUAAAUUAAUUAAUUAAAAAAUAAAAAUGAACAUAAAGUAAACUUAAACUAUAAUAUAUCAG